AUGAAAAAGGUUAAUAUACCGAUGAAGAUAUCUGCACUACAUGUCAAAUUUGACAAAUUAAUUGAUCUUCUAAUUACGAAUCAAAGCAAUAAUAUUAUUGAGAAACCUGAAAAUGUUGCAAAAAGCGAAAUCUUUGAAAUGGAUAUAAAACAAAUGAAGCCAUUAGCAACAGAAUCGGAUAUUAUUGAUUUAGAAAAAAAUCUGUGCAAUCAAGAAUUUGAAAUGGCAUUUGUAAAAGUGAUGAGUGAAAUAGGAGGUAUGACUGGUAAGAAAGAUGGAAACAAAAUAGCGUACUUAUUGAUGGAUAGAUUAUUUGAAAGGCAAUUGUUAACUCAAUGUUCAUGGACUGGUUCUACAAAAAACAAUCAUUCUUCGGCGCAGGCGAAGAAAGUAGAACAGCGCACUGACGGCAAGAGAAAGCGGUUCAAGAGCAGGAAGAAACGGGACGAGGAGAAGGAAGAUCAGGAGGCACGCGAGCAUCUUGUGCGAAAGCUCUUGGAGCACGACGAGUGGCAACUCCUCAAAACGCGUAUAUUGAAACAAAUCGAAAUCUUUGAAAUGGAUAUAAAACAAAUGAAGCCAUUAGCAACAGAAUCGGAUAUUAUUGAUUUAGAAAAAAAUCUGUGUAAUCAAGAAUUUGAAACGGCAUUUGUAAAAGUGAUGAGUGAAAUAGGAGGUAUGACUGAUUCUUCUGAUUCUCUAACAUUGAGUGGAAGCCAUGAAAGUUUUAAUGACACAGUGUUAGAUGAUACAAUUUUAUCUAUGGAUUCAAAUAUUAGUUCUCAUCUGAACAAAAAAAGAAGAAAUGCUGUUGCUGAAAAUAUUACUCAAUGUCAAUCAUCAUCUUCAUCGUUGCCUUCAACCCCAAAUAGCACCUUCGAUGGCUCGAAUUUCCAAACGUGGAAGUUUCAAAUGCGGUCCGUUUUCACGGCAUAUGGAUUGCUCGAUAUUGUUACUGGAACAAAGGUCAUGCACGCCGAACAAGAGACGCCGGAAGCGAAAGCCUGGAUAAAAGAUAACGCCAAAGCCAUGUUUCUUAUGUCUUCGUCUAUGGAACAUCGUCAGAUGAAGAGCCUGCUUGUGUGCACGACUGCCACCGAAAUGUGGCAGAAGCUAAGUGCAAUUCACGAGCAGAAGUCAGCAACAAACAAGUUAAUCCUGACGCAACGGUUCCAUGAGUACCGCAUGGAUUCCAGUGAUUCUGUAGUACAACACGUGGCUAAAGUACAGAACAUGGCAAUGCAGCUAAAAGACCUGGGUGAAAACGUGUCGCCAGUAGCCAUCAUGGCAAAAAUUAUAUCGAGUCUACCAGCGAAGUUUAACCCGCUGAAGACGGCAUGGGACAGUGUAGCCGUAGCAGACCAAACUGUGGACAAUCUAGUUGAACGACUGAUAAAAGAAGAACUUCGUCUUACAGCAGAAGACGAAACGGCAACCGCAUUCGCUGCAUCCACAAGCGGCAGAACACGAGGUCAUUAUUCGCACGAGUGUCAAAGAGGAAAGAAGGGUAAACAACCAAGGACAAACAGUUCGAACGUUGCAUUCUUCACAAGUUCGAAUGAUUUGGAAACGCCAUGUCACGAAAACAGUGUCACCGACAUGCGCUCGAAAAACGCAAUGCCAUCUCGCGAGUGCGCGAAAGAAUUAUUACAGCAAGAUAUCAGUGAAAUUUGGUUGACCGACAGCGGUGCUUCAAAACACGUCACAAGUCGAAGAGAAUAG